CACGACUGUGUCAGGAACUUGGGCGCAAACACUCAACUCCGUACACUCGUCAGCCAUGAACAAAAGAGAGAGCAGGGUAUUCAGUCGUGUCCACCCGUGCUUUGCGCAGUAAAAGUAAUGCUGUUACCUUAGUAGGGUACGCGAAGUGGGUUGGAUGUUGAUGCCUAGGUACGACUUCUCGAGGCUAUUGCAUCGCAACCCCGCGCCGUUCCUCGCCAGACCUCAAAUCCCCAGGUUCCAGGCUCGUCUCCACCAUGUCAACUACAAUCACGUCUUCAGCACCAGCUCACAUCAAAACUCGCUUUCUUAUCAUCUCUGAUACCCACUCUGCCACUCCCUCACAGAAUACCGCCGACAAUGACACAGCCUUUCGUCCACCGCUUCCCAAAGCCGAUGUACUUCUCCACUGCGGCGACUUGACCAUGGUUGGUCACUUACCAGAGUAUGAGGAAACCUUGAACAUGCUCGAGGGUAUCGAUGCCGUUCUGAAGCUCGUUAUUGCGGGUAACCACGAUAUUACUCUAGACGCGGACUAUUAUGGCAAAAAAGGCAGGUUUAUGCAUGGGACACAAUAUGACCAGGAAACAUCGGCUAAAGCAAGAGAGUUGUGGACUGGCGGGCGAGCCAAACAGGCAGGUGUGACUUAUCUCGACGAGGGAACACAUGUAUUUCAGUUGAAAAAUGGAGCAAAUCUGCGGAUCUAUGCAUCUCCCUAUCAGCCGGAAUUUUGCGGUUGGGCGUUUCCUUACAAUCGAGAUGAAGACCGUUACAAUCCGUCCCACGAGUGCACGCCAUAUGCCAAACCUAUCACCGAGAACCCCAUUCCUGACUUCCCCAACAUCGAUGUCAUGAUGACCCAUGGACCGCCUUUUGGUGUCUUGGACGUUACGCGAACCGGCGAGGUAGUUGGCUGCCAACAUCUCCUACGGGCUGCUAGACGCUGUAGGCCACGUUUACAUUGCUUUGGACACAUACAUGAAGGAUGGGGUGCACAGAAGGUGCUGUGGAAUAACGGCGAACUGGACGUCAAACCUGAGCAGUGCAUCCAAAGAGCUGAUACAAUACAUGUCGAUGGUGGGAAGACCGCAAACGAGAGGGCAGCGACUGUGGAUAUCAGCCAGGGAAGCAGCACUGCAGUCGAGUUUGGAAAAGAAACUUUGAUGGUUAAUGCCAGCAUCAUGAAUGUUCGGUAUGACCCACGGAACGGACCAUGGCUUGUGGAUCUGGACCUUGAGAGAGCCAGUUGAGCUCGUUCGUUUAGCCUGUUGCUCACGUGUAUGCCUUCUGGAGAUAUCAUAAAGAUCAAGCCUUUUGAUACCCUGGUUCUACACAUUGGUACAGAGAAAAGGAGCUUUUGGCUACGUUGGUUCAGGUGAUCUUUGGAUUGCAUAGCCGCUACCUGUACUAAAGUAGCUUGUAUAAAUAUACCGGAUACCUACAGGCUGAGUUCAGCGCAGAAUAGCUUGGCUACACAGGAGAGAUUGUCAAAAUUGCUUGGUGAGCAGUUUUAAAUUGUGUGACAGUCAGUUCUUUGAAUCCUAUGCGUUGUCCAUCCUAGAGUUAAAACAUGCUUAGUCUCAGCUAUAGAACUCUGUCAGUUAAUAGAUACUGUGCUUAUAUCA